CUGCAUCCUGGAUUGAAAUUUGAAGAAGUGAAGUCACUCUCAGGGAUCUGCAAGACUUUCUCAGUCUAACAAAUUUAGUCACGUACCGUAGGCGUAGUGCAGUUGCGAUAUUUUGUUGUUCAGUUUCCGUCAUUUUCGACUUUCCACUCCGAACAUUAACGUAACGGGCAUCGAUGCCCAAUAAGUCAGUGAGUGACCUGCUGCUAUCGCCCGCGGCCAAGACAAUAAUCUAGAAACUAACCAGUUUGAUUUCGUCGAGCACCGCGUGCAGGGCCAAUUUCUAGGAUGAACGGCAUCGCUCUAGGCAUCUGCCUCCUCGGAUGAACAGGUACUGAUCCAACUUCUCUAGGCUAGCUACCAUCCAUGGUUCAGCUUACCUGAGUGUGCCAGUAAUGGUGUCGACAUCGACCGUAGCCCUGGCUGAUGGCAGUCGACGGAGUGGAUAGAAUGCGGCGACGUUUUGGCCGUGCUGGUGUGCUGCGGUCGGCUCUGUGCGUUCUGGUCUGGACAGUACUGACUUCGUCAUGCAUCGAUGCUUACAUGCUGGACACCAACUCAGACUGUCUGUCAUCAGAGUCCGGCAGUGCGCUGUAUGCCUGGCUCAACACCAGCAAGCCACUGUCUUGUUUUCGCUGGCAACGGCCCAACAGAACGCAGCACGUGGCUGGUAGUGUAGUUAUCGGGGCUUUGAUUCCGUUGUACAGAACGCCUGCCCAAAGUGACAACUCAAUCGUCCCCAGCUUGCCGUGUUCAGUAUCAACAGGUCAAAUUGGAAUCCAGCUGGUCGAGUCUCUCAUUCAGUCUGUGGAAGAGGAGCUGGUACAGAAUGCAUUGGCUGAUCGGCUGGUUAGUGCAGUGGAGAUUCGAGACACUUGUGUGUCGAUGAGUUACUGCGCUAAGCAGGCAUCGCACUUUGUCAGUCGCACACCGCAUGCCAAGCGGGUGUGUUCCGCGAACGACUCGGUUGCUGCUCGAACGUUGCCACCAUCAUCGCUGACACCGGGGACGAGUGGUUCGCAGCUGUGCGCAGGUGCUCAGAGUCGAGUUCCCAUUGUCAUUGGCCCUUCGGACACUACGGUGUUGAAGAUCAGUAGUGAUGAGCUCAGUGCAAACCAUCUACCGCAUAUCGGAUACUGGGAAUCAUCAGAGAAUGACAGGGACACAACAACUGACCCGUACCUCUUCAGGACAGUACCGUCUAGCAGGUAUCAGGCCAGGGCCUUGGUAGAGCUGUUAGGGCUGUACAACUGGAGUUACAUCUCUGUUAUUGGUAGCAGCCAUGACAGUCUUGACGGUGGGCUACUGAACCUGUUUAAGCUUGCUGUAGAAGAAUAUAAUCUCAAUCCGAACGUCUCGAAGCUGUGCAUCUACGAUGAACAAAUCUCCUCGUUUGCAGGUCCGACACAGGUAAAUCGCAUUGCUGAAUGGAGUGCGAACCAAACAAAGUCCAAUGUCACUAUCCUACUUGCCGGGUCAGAAUAUGUCCGCGCACUGUUCUCGGCUUUGCGCUACCUGUCCAGCAUGCCUUUGUACAGAGCCAAGCUAGCUAGCAGUCACCAUGUCUGGAUUGGCGUUAGUGAUUGGAUAUGGAGCCUGGAAGACACUCUACCCUUAUGGCCGACGGAUGGCAGUCCCCUGGCUGGCCACCACACAUUCAUCACGUUUGUCAUGAACCUACCGGGAGAGUUUCACAGCACGACCGCUGAGUUCAACAAUCGUAUGCAGAGCAGGUUCUCUGCAUACACCGGCGUUGGGCACGCUCUGCGUCGGAAUCCGUGGCUGGCUGCACUGUGGACUGCAUCUAAAGCAGAAUGCACCCAAGGUGACCACACCAGUCAGAACUGCUUCGCCGGACGCUUCAGCCCUUCAUCCAUGCUGCGGGAGAUCAUGAAGCCGCUGGUUCUCCCCGUGCGCUCGGGUUCUCUUACAGUUGCUGCUCGAGCGGCGGUGCGACUCGUGAAUACAACCCUCGGUCAAUGUUUAUCAGCUGAGUGUCUGUGGCAGUUCAGUGGCUCACAUCUCAGUGAAGCUCUGCUGAGCAAUGUAACUCUACCAUGUGAAAAUGGCUCUUGCUCCCUGUUCUCUAGCAACCAGGAAGUUCCGCCUAGUUUCACCAUUGCCAAUUUGCAGAUAUUUCAAAAUGAACUGUCUGUGAAGACAGUUGGCCACUGGACACACUCUUCAUCGUCAGCUGAUAGGUUCUCGUGGUUCGAUUGCAAUGGCCCGAGUCUCGAUGGUAUCAAGGAGCCGUGCUUCAUGUGGGGCUUGGAUUUUGAGAACAAAACGACCAGCUGGCACAUUCCCCGCUCUGCCUGUGCCCAGCAAUGCAGGCCUGGCCAGUAUCGCUACUUCAAUGAGAGUGACAAUAUCGUCUCCGCACCGUGCUGUUGGUCAUGCGAGGACUGUAGUCUACGUGAUAUGGUCUCCUCGGAGCCGCGUGAGCCAUGCACGUUGUGCAAGAAAGCCGAAGGGGAGAUACCCAGCGCAGAAUUCACUCACUGCGUUCUCAAGGAGCCUGUGUAUCGGAAAAUAAGCGAACCUGUUACAAUCGUCAUGGCGACGCUGGGUAGUGUGGCGGCAGUGUUGGUUCUGGUUAGUAUCAUCCUGUUGUUCCUGCAGCGUAAGACGACUAUUGCUCACAUCACUCAUCACCGCUUCUCCAUGAUCUUGCUCGUUCUGCUGUGUAUCAGCUUCCUCUGGUUACCGUUCUCUUUCGUGAAGCCGAAUGAGGUAUCAUGCACGUUCAGAUCUCUUGUGAAUCCAGCUAUCGUGUGGUGCACGACUGUUGCUCUGUUACUGCGUGUGUUGCACCUAGCCUAUGAGAACGGCGAGCGCUGUGAGUGUAGACCGGUGCUCUAUAUCAGCACCGUGUGCUGUUCGUCCUUCCGACGCUUGUUCAGCACAUUGGCAAUCACUUGCGCUGCAUGUCUUUUGCCGUACAUAAUCUUUCGAGUCGUACAGCCGAAGGAUGUCGACAUAUUCGUGAUCGAGGAGAAUCGAAUUCCGCAGAGAAUUCUUCAUUGCUUGCUUGAGUGGACCGACUUCCUCCAGUUUGGGAUCGAGUUUGCGUUCCUGUUGUUGACGGAUGUAAUAGCAUUCCUGUCGAGAAAACUCCGCGGAGGCUACAGUGAAGCUAUGCUGCUCAUGUUUUGCAGCUUUGCUCUAACUGUUGAAUGGAUCGUCCUCAUUGUUCUGGUUUUUGUCGACCAACGCAACCGAGACUUGGGCAUAGGUAUCGUCAUCUUUUGCCACAUGGCCACCAUAUUUGGCUGCCUCUACGCUCCACGUAUCUACAUUGUGCUGUUCCGCUCACGUCGCAACGCACCGCACACUCUUAGCCGGUCAAGCGGUCUCCGAUUCAACCCCACCGUCAGCUCCGCAAGCCUGAAGAAGCCAGUGCUGAAGUCUCCGACAACAGAUGAGGAAUCAUCAGACCCACAGAUCUUAGUCGACGCCUGUGAUUCUCAGCCUUCAUCCUCGCCCGCUAUCACCAAGGAGACGUCCCUGUAAUGGAAUGAAUACCUGUGUCUUUGGCAGUUCAUCACUACACCUCAUUAGCACUUGAGGCAAAUUUUUGGGUUUUGCACGAGAAUGCUUCAUUUUUCUUGGAAAUUUGUUGAUUCUGAUUGCCUCCAGAACAGUGAGCAGCGAACAUCGCUGCUGCGACUUUGAAAUAUAGAUGUUUGCCCUUUGCACUCGUGUAGAUACAUCAAGUCCAUUAUUGUGAAAGAAAACCCUGGCCGUGACUAUCAGAUCAUUACCGUAUCAUUGUUGUUUUAGUACAGUAAAUACAUUAUUCUACAUGUAUGGCCACAUACUUGAUGUAGUGCUUAUUAUUGAGUUUAUGUUAUCCACUUUGAGCCCAUGAGCCUUGAUUGCAUUAUGAUCACUACCUUGACUGAUAUUAUCACACAGAGAUGAUGAGAUUAUACUUAUAUGUUCAAUCGAUUAUCUAAUUUAGCAUUGGCUGGCUGUGACAGAAUUCAACGUAUGGCUAUGCAGAGCAUAGGCUUUCACAUACAUGCAGAGCGUACAUGUAGGCCGUGACGGCAAGUUCUGAUCCACAGGGUGUUUUUGCAGUAGCAAUUCUUUUGGAAGACUUUGAA